UAACACGGGGAUCGGCGAGGCGCAGUAGGUCCCGGGUAUUGGCUGUGCACGCGCGUGUGUGUGGGUGUCGUGCUCGUGUGUACCUUUCGUGGGGGUGUGCAGACCUCCCUCCUCCCUCCCCCCUUCACUUCCUCCUCCUCUUAUUACUACUACUACGACUGCUGCUGCUGCCCUCCUGCUCCUACGGCUGUAUGCUCUCGAUGUGUGUUCGUCUCCAGACCAACACCAACAACUCUGAGCCUACACUGGGGCGGUGAAUUGGCCUCCUCCACGCCCUCCACUCCCUCCACUACCUCCCUCUCUGCCUGCCACGCGAUGAGGAACGGGCGGCUAUAGAGGAGGGAGGAGGCAACGCGUGCAAGUGGAGGAGAAGAGGUGGUGAGGUGGAGGAGGAGAAGGAGGAGGAGGAGGAGGUGAGAACGCUAGUGAUGGAGAUGUUAGUGUGACCGUCUUCCUACUGUACGAACUCUCAAAGGACACGAAGAAGAAAAAUCGAGAAAAAAAAGAAGUGUGAGAAGAAAGGAAAGAUUACACGAGGGAAGGAAAGCCAGAGAGAGAGAGAGUGAGAGUGAGACAGAGGAGGAGAUAUUGAGAGCGUAGGAGUGAGGGAGGGAGGGAGAGAGACGUGUGAAGUGAAGUGAACUGAGGUGAGAGAAAGGAAAGGAGAGUGUGGGGAAGGAGGUGAGAGGAUCCUGAAAGGUGAACUGGAAACUAAAAAAAACACACACGCGCGCGCCAGAAAAUUAAGAAACAAGAAAACGGCAGUGUCAUAGCAACAGCAAAACAACAAAGAAACAACAACAGCGCCAGCAGAGAUAAAGAUAACGGAUAUAAAACGAAAAUAAACGAAGGAAAAAAAAAGAACCCGAGAGGAAUAAGAGGAAUAAGAAGUUAACAAGAAAAACGAAAACAAAAACAAGAACAGCAGAAAAACAAGAAAACAAGAAGAAAUAAAAGCAGGCAACAGACCACAGAAGAAGAAAACAACAACGAAAAUAACAACAAAGAGACAAAGGGAAGAAGAAAAAAUUAGAAAAGAGUAAGAACGAGAGCGAAAGCACGAGAAAACAAGAACAAGUAGGAGAAGCAAAGAAGAAAACACGGUCAAGACACAGCCACGACGAAAAGCAGAGACAUACGAAGAAGGAGAAGUAAAGAAGAAAACACAAAGCCAUAACAGCGAAGAAGAAAGAAAAACGAAGAAAAACCAAGAAGGAGAGAAAGAAGUGAAGACAAAACAAACAAGACAGACAAAGAAAAACAACACACCACACACACACACACACAACCAACACCACCACCACCAUGGCCAACGUAUCCCAGCUGAUCAGGCGGCAGAGUUCGCGGGAGCUGUCGGCCCAGAAGUCAAUUGACCGUCUGGAGCUCGAAUUGGAGGCUCGCUUGGUGCCCACGACGGAGGAGGUGCCGGAUUACGGGGCCACCAACCAUGCCUUCGAUCCCUCCCCCGCCGCCGACAUCCCGGGAAAGGGCCGCACGGGAGCAGGAGGCGCAGGAGCAGGGACAGCAGGAGGAGCAGGAGGGGAGGGCGGCGGCGCGGGGGCAGGUACGGUGAAGGAGGUGCUGGAGGCGUGCGAGGGCGAGGAGCGGGAGUCGUGGGACAGCAAGCUACAGUUCCUGCUGGCCACGGUGGGCUACGCGGUGGGUCUUGGCAACGUGUGGCGCUUCCCGUACCUGGCACAGAAGAACGGAGGAGGCGCGUUCCUCAUCCCGUACUUCAUCAUGCUGGCCUUCAUGGGGCUGCCGCUCUUCUACCUGGAGCUCGCCGUGGGCCAGCGGAUCCGCAAGGGCGCGCUGGGGGCCUGGCACCAGGUGUCGCCCUGCCUUGGUGGCGUCGGGGUGUCCUCCGCCGUGGUGUCCUUCGCUGUGGCUCUCUACUACAACACCGUCAUCGCCUGGUGCCUCUACUACUUCUUCCAGAGCUUCCAGUCGCCGCUGCCGUGGGGGGACUGCCCUCACGCGGUGGGUGUGGUGGAGGAGAACAGCACGGCCCUGAUGGAGGAGUGCGAGCGGGCGGGGCCAACGCAGUACUUCUGGUAUCGCGACGCCCUGGAGAUCACGCCCUCCAUCCAGGACUUCGGGAGCUUCAACUGGAAGAUCGCGGGCUGCAUGGGCGUGGCAUGGAUCAUCAUCUACGUGUGCAUCAUGAAGGGCAUCGUGGCCUCGGGGAAGGUGGUGUACGUGACAGCCGUGUUCCCCUACAUAGUCCUCUUCGCCUUCUUCUGCCGCGGCGUCACCCUUAGGGGCAUGGGGGACGGGAUCGAGCACCUCUUCACGCCUCGGUGGGAGAAGCUGGAGGACCCCGUGGUGUGGCUGGAGGCGGGGACACAGAUCUUCUUCUCGCUGGGCCUGGCCUUCGGGGGACUGAUCGCGUUCGGGUCCUACAACCCCGUCAACAACAACUGCCUGCGUGACGCCAUCAUGGUCUCUGUCACCAACUGCUUCACCUCGCUGCUCGCCGGCGUGGUGGUGUUCUCCAUACUGGGCUUCAAGGCCCACGAGACCCACGACCGCUGCCUGGAGGAACUGGAGGCCAGGAAGGCGAUGCUGCUGGAGGAGGACCCGCACGCUUCCCUCGACGACCUCCCCGUGUGUGACAUCCAGGAGGAGCUGCAGAAGUCGGCAGCCGGCACGGGUCUCGCCUUCAUCAUCUUCACGGAGGCCAUAAACCAGUUUCCGUUCCCGCCGCUCUGGGCCAUCCUCUUCUUCCUCAUGCUCUUCACUCUCGGCGCAGACUCCCAGUUCGGCACACUCGAGGGCGUCAUCUCCUCCCUCAUCGACCUCAAGGUGUUCCCCAACCUCAGGAAGGAGGCUAUUUCAGCCAUCGUGUGCGCCAUCUGCUUCUUCAUCUCCCUAAUCUUCACACAUGGCGGCGGCAACUACGUGUUUCAACUCUUCGACUCGUUCGCCGGCAACAUCCCGCUGCUCGUUAUCGGCUUCAUGGAGUGUAUCGGCAUCAGCUACGUGUACGGCAUCAAGAGGUGGGUAUCUGGGGGUGGUUGGGAGUACACACGGGUGUUCGGCCUGCAGACAGACGUGUGGGCCGCCCCUAGCAGCGAGGUGUUUCUCCGCUACACACUGCCUGGUGAACGCCCCCCGCCCGCCUCUCUCACCAUCUGCUACCGGUAUCGCCUACGUCAGUAUCGGGACGGCGUGUACUUCUUCUCCUACGCCACAGCCGACCACAUGGACAACGCUAUCCUUUUGUACCAGCGGGAGGCCAGCAUGAACCUUUACUACAACGACGUGGAGGCCUCGGUGGGCAUGCGGCUGCGGGUGCCCGACACGCUGGACACCUGGCACCACCACUGCCACCUCAUCGCCUUCCCCAAGUACAGACUCUACGUGGACGGUUCGCUGGCGGGGUCCGGGGUCAUGGUGGGGGAUGGGGCGCCGCUCCCCCUCAACGGCACCAUCUACAUAGGCCAAGAACAGGACGCGCUCGCUGGGGGCCUCGACGCUAUGCAGUCCACUAGCGCACACAUCGCCCAGGUGAACGUGUGGGACUCCCUGCUCGGGGAGGACGUGAUCGCCGCCAUUGCCUCUUGCACCGCCGAUCCUCACGGGAACAUUUUUUCCACGGACGUGCAGAACAUCGAGGUGGUGAAUGCCUCCGAGGAAACGAGGUCGGUGGCCACAUUGUGCCGCCGGGAGGUGGGCUUCGUCAUCGUGCCGGAGAAGUGGUCACUGAGCCGCUCCCUCCACUUCUGCCACACCGCCAACUCCGAGAUGUUUGUGCCCGAGAGUGACGAGCUCAACGAGCGGCUGUUCAACGCGACACGAGGCUUCCUGGAUAAGUGUAGCGGCAAGAGUUAUCGCCUGCUGCGGAUCGGGGCGACGGACGCUGCAGCUGACGGCGAUUGGAGGAAGUUUUCCAACGACGCCGCCCUCACAUACACGGCGUGGGCUGCCGGCGAGCCCAACGACGGCGACAAGUCUGACUGCAUGGUGAUGCGCAAGUCCCAGAGCGGCUGGGGCGACGUGGAUUGCAAGGACGAGUACUGCUUCCCGUGUCUCAGCGACGUGGACAAGUUCCUGCAGAUCCGCGGCCUCUGCUUCAAGAAGGAGCAUCACACACGCUUCCUGCUGGACGGCUACGUCAACGGAGCGCCAUAUUUCCGCGGCUACUAUGGCCACGCAGUGUUCCUGAACGAGUCUGGUGCGUGGGUGUUGCGGAACGUGCUGGACGGCACCACCCUGGCGGCCAUGGUAGCGCGCCGCACCCUCACCGCCGACUACCCGCUUGGGCGCCGCGAGUGGAAGGUGCUGAAUCCCUUCUGCCAAAACCUGGCGGGGGACGUCGUCGAAAUGAGUCUGUCCUCGUGCGCCACAACAGACUUCAUGUGUGCUGACGGCUCCUGCGUCCCGCAGGGCGUCCGCUGCAACCUGCUAGAUGACUGUGCUGACGGCAGCGACGAGGAGCGCUGCGACCUGCUGGAGCUAAGCUAUGGCUACCACAGCUACCGUCCGCCGCCGGGCGUCACCACCCAAGACCCGCUGCUCGUAGCGCCCAAAGUCAGUAUCGUCAGGUUCUCCCAGGUGGAUGACCUCAACCUGUCCUUCAUGAUGGAGCUGGAGGUGGUGCUCAGCUGGACGGACAGGAACCUCAAGUUUAAGAACCUGAAAAGGAACACCGAGAAUAAGUUGUCGGCGGAGGAGACGCAGCUGGUGUGGCGGCCCGAGACGGAGUUCCUGAACGUGAACGGCGGCCAGCAGCAGAAACUGAAGCAGACGGUGUUUGUGGAGCAGACGGGGAAGCCGGAGCCGCCGCUCUUCAACGACGUUAUGAUGGACACGGUGUUCUCGGCGGGGGCGGGAAGGCUGGUGCAGAGAACCCUUUACUCCGCCAGUUUCUCUUGCAACUACCGCCUCUUCCUCUACCCCUUCGAUACCCAGACGUGCUCCGUGCUCCUCCGGUUCUCCUCCGCCACCUCCUCCGUCGUGAAAUUCGAGAACGCCAGCGUGGAGUACCAGGGGCUGAA